AUGGAUAGAUCUACACUGGAGGGACCUAAUGGGGAUAGUAGUACUAAUUCUUAUAUGGAAAAUAUGUUAACUACUGGAAACCUGGAAAUAGACGAUUCUACUGGUCACGAUUCUUCAAGUAAUGGAAGCUUAAAUCAAGAUGACGAGGUAGACAAAAUAAACACAGAUGAUGAUGCACGCGCUGGCACGGAAACACUUAAUCCAGAAGAAGGAAAUCUGAUAACUUCAGAAGGUGCAGAAGGUGAAGAAAAUGCUAGCAGGGAUAAAGAAACCCCUGGUAUGUCGACAGAGAAUAUGGUGUAUUCUGGCGAAGACGCAUCAACAAAUAUAGAUAAUGGAAGGGUAAUUGGAUCUGCAGAAAAUGAAGAGUCUUCCUCUGUUGAACCAGAUAAUAAUAUAACGGAAAGAGAUAUUACUCAGCAACAUACACGUAUAGAAACCCAAGUAGAUUCAGAGGUGGAUACAAUUAAGGAUAAUGGUAAAGAAUCGUCUCUAUCUUUGGCUUAUGGGGAGUACGAUGACAAAAUAGAGAAAGAAGGCCUUAUAGAUUCAAAUGAAGGUUCAAAAAUGACUCAAGACUCCAGAAGCUUAAUGGAAAAAGACACUCUGAACAAAGAAUCAGAUAAAUCUGAUAUUUCAGAAGAGGAUGGUUUACUUCUGACAAAUAAUAAAUCAAAUAAUACUUCUCCAGAAGGAAGUACAGUUCCUGAAAUAAAUGACUACAUAAGCAUAAAUAAACCGAUUAAGCGGAAACAUGACGAUAUUUUGACAAGCUAUGAACCAAUUGAUCCCUCUUCCUUCCAAACAGAAAAAAGUAAAAAGAGAGUAGCAGGAAAAUUUAUUGAGAAAUUCUGGGAACCUUUGGAUGCCCAAACUACCAAUUCUUUGGAAAGAAUACUAAAUAUGUGUCUCAAUAAAACUAUUGAAAAGUAUAAAGGAGGGACAAAAAUAUCCAAAAAGAUGAUAGAAGCACAGCAUAUAUUAUCAAAAAAUUGGCUUAAUGAGCUGAAUCGAAAAUCUUUUAGAUCGAGACUCAAUGUCACCAACGUCCCGUUACCUUCAUCUAUGCAAAGUACGCCUAAGUCAAAUGACAACAGGCUUGAUAUUUUGAAUUAUGACCACUUAACCAGACGUACACAAUUUUUGGAGACAUACCUACUGGCGGAGCUCAAGCAAUUAUCUGAUCUAGAGACAUAUUGUUCUGAUUUAGAAAUAAUUUAUAACCUGGAUUUGAAUUAUUUGAAUGAAUUUAAGAAAACAACAGACAUAAAUAAGUCAAAAAUGAUUAAAGAAACGAUAAAUAAACGAGAGAAAUUAGGUCUAGAUAAUAUAGAGCCUGAUCGAGAAGAUAUCAGACUUGCUGAUGAUGCAGGGGUAAUGAAUUCCAGCUUCGAUCCCAAUACUGAUCAAGAUACUCAAAAAGUAUUACACUUGAUAGACCAGCAAUUACAAAGUCUAUCUUCUAAUACCACUAAUCUUACGAAUCUUAAUGAAAAAUUGGAAACUUUGUAUAAUUUUCUUAAUAAAUGUUGA